UAUCUAUAGACUAGACAUUAAACAAACAAUGUGCCUACCUACAAAAACUUAAUAAUAAAAUAGCUUUUAUUUAGUAGAAUAACACAAAUACACUGUGCAUUUUUUUAACGUUAAAAUUUUUUAGAUUCUGUGCAACAUAUUAAGGCUCGAAGGCUCGAAGGACUCUUUCCAAGGCUUCAUAUUAAAACUAUUACACAUUAAAAAAAUGUCUGCAAUGUUGUCUAAAUGUCAAAUCUAGUGAAAUUUCUUUUAUUUUCGCCAUGACCUGUAAUUUUUUCAGUGAACUCUGUUGCCUGUUUUGUUGUCCGCCAUGCCCAGGGAAAAUCGCGGCUAAGCUUGCAUUCCUGCCUCCCGAACCCACGUAUGCAUUUACACCUGACGAAACUGGAUCAAAAUUUUCUUUAACACUCACCGAGCGAGCAGAGUGGCAAUAUUCAGAGCGUGAAAAAGAAAACAUCGAAGGUUUCUACUCUAGAACUACAAGAGGCAACCGAAUCGCUUGUCUCUUUGUUCGAUGCAGCCCAAACGCUCGCUUUACAAUAUUGUUUUCGCAUGGGAAUGCGGUAGAUCUCGGACAGAUGAGUAGUUUCUAUUUAGGCUUAGGUACUAGGAUAAAUUGUAAUAUAUUCAGCUACGACUAUUCUGGAUACGGUGUGAGUGGUGGUAAGCCGUCAGAGAAAAAUUUGUAUGCGGAUAUUGAUGCAGCUUGGCAAGCACUAAGGACACGUUAUGGCAUCAGCCCGGAGAACAUAAUCCUGUACGGACAGAGCAUUGGUACUGUGCCUACAGUGGACCUGGCCGCGCGCUACGAAGUAGGCGCCGUAGUGCUGCACUCGCCUCUCAUGUCUGGUAUGCGGGUGGCUUUCCCCAACACUAAGAGGACUUGGUUCUUUGAUGCUUUUCCAAGUAUCGACAAAAUUCCAAAGGUGACCUCUCCUGUUCUUGUGAUACAUGGAACUGAAGAUGAGGUGAUUGAUUUCUCACACGGACUGGCAAUAUACGAGCGCUGUCCUCGCGCCGUUGAACCUUUAUGGGUUGAGGGAGCUGGUCACAAUGACGUGGAACUGUUCAACCAGUACCUGGAGAGGCUGAAACGGUUCGUGUCCGUGGAGCUGCUCAACUGACAAAGACUGCCGGCCGCUGGCCAAACCACUCAAGGCGAUGAUCAAAAUCCUGCAUCGACAUUGAGCUCUGGAACUUCUAGUUCGGCCACAGAGAGACUACUCUAGCUAGCGGGGGCCGGGCCUAGUCGGGCCGGCCCCAAC